AUGGCGAGCCAGUCGGGACCUAAUCUGAAUCCUGUCUUCUUCGGUGGCAUCGAAGUCGAUAUCAGCCAGUUCGAUUUCAGCGACCAUUCAUCACGACUUGGUAGUGUUACAAUAACUUGCACCAUCUUCAUCGUCCUGGUUGUCUUGACUGUCAGUCUACGGAUCUUCUCUAGAGCAAAAUAUGUCCGACAUAUCUUUGUAGACGAUGUUCUCAUCAUCUUCGCUGCAGUCUUUACGCUCGCUCUAGCGGGAAUGUGUAUUGCAGCGACUCGACACGGUCUAGGUCAACAUAUUUGGCUUUUGCCUGUAUUGACGCUUUUUGACACGCUGAAGAACUGUAUACUGUAUCUCUUCUUCUGCCAGGUGUUGUACUGUUUCGCUAUUGCGUUGACGAAGAUCGCCAUCAUAUCACAGUACCUUCGCUUCAUCCCCGACAAAUCGUUUCGCGCGACAAUGUACGCGAUAUCUGUGAUCAUCGUAGGUCUAUGGAUUACGGGAGUUUUUGUCACUAUCUUCCAGUGUCGUCCUGUUCAGGGAGCAUGGAACUUCACUAUUGAACCAGUGUGCGUAGACUACGUUACCUAUCUCUACGCCAGCUCCGCCGUCAAUGUUGCAACGGAUGUCCUCCUCUUUGUGCUACCCUUGCCCCACCUCUGGAAGUUGAAUCUACCGAAAAAGCAACGAAUCAUCCUCUGUGUGCUACUGGGAGGAGGUGCAAGCGCAUGCAUUGUAGGCAUUGUCCGCAUCGCUUAUCUACAUCAGCUACGCGUCUUGGAUAUUACCUCACGUAAAGAACCAUUCGUCGUGUCGACCAGCCGCGAGACUUUCAUCAAUGUCACCCAUUCUGCUCAGGGACACCAGCUAACAAGCAUCUAG